UAAAUAAUAAAAAAAUAUGCUACAAUUGAUUCAAAAUUGGGGUGAUAGGACUAUAAACAUUUCAAGAAGAUUAUUGAGAAAUCACCCUUUAAUUAAGUUUAUCAUUCGUAUCAUUGCGAUAUGUGUUAUUUUCGCGAUUAUGCCCAUAUUGUGGCUUUUUAUCGGAUUAAUUAUUUGGAUUUUGUUCAUCAGUACGAGUAUGUUCGGUGUCGAUUUCAUUUAUUUGAUGAAGACAGGAAUAUUUUACAAUUUUUAUUGACUCUUCAAUAGUUUGCAUUGUGGGAUUCUUUAUUCCAAUCGCAAUAUUUUGUGAAUUUUUUAAUAGGUUACUGAUAUGGGUUAAUCAAAUAAAGUAUCUGUAGAAGUUUAAUAAAGUUUUUUUUUUAAAAAAAAAACU